AGCUGCUGAGGGUGGCACGAGCGAUAAUGCGCCGACUGUGAAGAAAACUGGAAAACUCCGAAAAUACUUAACGUGCUCAGAACAGUAAGAUUUAUGGAGUAAAGACUACCCAAGUUCACGGGAGUUCAGAAUGGCCUUCAACGGGCAUCAGAGUACAUUGGCGAAUUCACUCUUCCCCACCUUCCAACGCCAGCCCAGUGUAAAUUUAGAAAACGGAAACAAAGGCAGCGUUGCGUUGCCCUUCGUUUCCAUCCCCAAGGCCUCGCUGCAGGAACAGAACGCAGCAUCCUACUUGCCCUGGUCUCACAUAGCCCACGAUGAUCCCUAUGGCCUUAUUGAUUGUUCCCAGAACAACUUUAAAAUCAGGAAACCCACUGAUAGUACUGACUGUGAAGUGGAGACUGAUCUACAGGGUCUAGUGUCAAAUAUUUUGGAUGAAAGAGAUUCACACGACAGCUACUACAGUGAAGGGAACCUACCUACAUGUAAUCCCGUCUGGUCUCCAAAGACAUUGAAAGAAGAACUACCGACUUUUCCUCCCAACUAUGCAUCCUGUGAGACUUUAAGUAAAGCCCUGGGACAUUCAGUGGACAAAGACGUCGAAGAGUUUCAUCAACAGUCAAAUGGCAUUUCGACCAAUCAACAAUGGCCAUUUAAUUUGGCUAAUGGAGACAAGGACAGUUACACCCACCGUCCUCACAAAUUGCCACCAGGUCUGUCGAUGCCUAAACACGGAAACACCUUUAUGUCGCAGGUAUCAAGACACAAAUACAACAAUGUGCCAGAUGAGACAGAAAGAAGGGAUAGUCAGCCCAUUAAUAAUUUACCCGACCUCAGCAAUGUCUUAUGGCCUCAAAAUGAGAUGAACAGCGCAUGCUUUCAUCCUUAUUAUGAAGACCAGCAUGUCCAAAGCCUUUGUUGUGACCAGUCUGGUCCACGAGACAUUAACCAGCUGGUCAGCAGUUUUCAAUCAUUCAUAGUUGGUGAGCAUGACAGUUUAUGUGAUGAAGACUCUCCAAACAUCCAAAGUCAGACAUUGGCCAUGCAGCACGACGACGGCAUGGUGGAACAAUGGAAAAUUCCCAGUCCUUCCUUGUCAAUGCAAAGCACUGCUGCGAGGAGGACCCCGAAACAGCUGGCGGGAGAAUUUGGGACAGUGCAGAUGGAAAGAAAUGGAGGAGCGAGGAGACAAACGUUUACCCACGACGCCUUACGAGGUCCAUCCGCUUUCAGCCUUCAAAACACUGAGUACUACCAGCCGGCCAAGACGUUCAUCGCACCUUUAAACCUCCCUAAGCAAUACCAGAACAACAUGACCAGGCGCAGAGAAAACGCGCCACCCCUCAUGAACGUGGGCAUGAACCAGUAUUCAAGAAAUCUCUUCCAGCAGGGCCUGAUGCAGGGCCUGAUGCAGGGCAAGCUCAAUCUGCCCAGUCAGAGGGAAAAGAAGAGGAUGCACAUUUCAGGCCAUCUAGGAGAAGGCUUCUCCUCAAGGCCCCUGAGCAACACUAUCAUGAGAAGGGGCAGUAAGAAGGCCCUCCACCAAAGCUCUUACCACGACCGCCUGGGAAGCAUGCAGGCCCACAGGUUUGACAAAGAAAACGGCACUGUCGUAGCAGGGAACGCUCCGCAGCUCAUGCCUUACAUAUAUGCCCUUAACGACUCCAGAAGGGUCUCCAUCAACCCUCCUCACUUCAGCCCCAGGGCCACGGCGUCCUACGGGAGCUGCAUAGCCGGCAUGGACCCGGGGGAAUUGGCGUCGGCCAACGAGAGUGCAGUUUUUAACUCCUACGUAAGUGACAUGUUGACCUGCAGAGGAGAGAGCACCUAUCAUGGCAUGCUGACCCCAGUGGUUGUGGAUCAUGGGGGGCCCAUGAUGCAGCUCUACUUCUACCUGGACGAGUGUUAUGAGCAGUGGAAGAGCUUGGAGAAGGAGAGAAAGAGGACUGAGGUCAUCAUAACCAAGACAUUUGUUGGGAAAGUGACUGCCGCGAUGGGCAACUCCAACCAGCCCAAGAGCCCACCGAAUCCCACUAGAGUGGACACACUCAUCGCCAAUCAGAUGAAAGAGCAAGCAAAGGUGGCGAGCCUUCUGGACAGAAUGCAGUGUCUGAGCAACGCUUCCUUCCACGCUAAUGUCCACACAGCGCUGAACAGGUACUACAUGGCUAUUUGCAUCGCCCAGGCGAGACGCAAGGAGGAGCUCGCCAGCACAUCAAAACACCAGCGGCAGAGGGCUCAUUUCCCAGAGGACCCAGACACCGUGUUACUGGUCAUUGCGCUGAAGGACCUCGCCGCAACCACCAGGAAGAUGCGCACAGCCCUGUGGUGCGCUCUCCAGAUGACCUUACCGAAGGCCGCCAAGAGGCCGGAGUGCCAUGUGACCAGGGAGGCCGCUUGUACUGAGAUGUGCUCCUCUGCGUUCGAGGGUUACUCUUUCAAAGUUACGAUUUAACGAGGUCCAAGCACAAGCUAAAGGGCUUGAUUCAAAUUCCUCAAGAUUGCCCUGAUUACAAAUGUCCCAUCGGCAACGGGGCGAACUAACUAAUGUUACCUGCAAGUCCACGGGGACGUUUUACCUGAGACACAGCGAUCACUACUUAAUAUGAGAUGAGUGAUUGGGGGUUUGGUGACGGCUGCAGUUUAUACUUUGGCGAACAUUUGUUGUGCGGGAAUUGCAUGAAAUGUUGUCUGUCCUGCUGCGCCUGAAUUUAAUUUAAUUUAAUUAGUGUCAGUUUCAAAUGAGCAGGAAUGUGCUUCAUCACCAUUGUAUUUAAAGGCACUAUUUAUGAGGAAGAUUUCGGUGAAUUCUUCUGUUUUACUUAUUUAUUGGUAGGUAAUGGAACCUCAGUUCUUGUUAUUCCUGAGCAAUAAUUGAAUCAUAAGGGCAGUAGUUUAAAAAAAACAUGCUGAAUAUUCCAACUCAUUUUGGCAGCUUGAGUUUUCUCUUGCAUAAUUGUAACAUGUAAUCAGAAAAAAAUUCUUUGCUGCAGUUUGAGCUGCAGCAAAGAAAUGUUCAGUGUUUUAAAUUGAUAUAUAUUAAUCGCAUUUUCCGCUAGAAAUAUAUAAACAUAUUCCUAUCAGUGAAGUUAAAAUGUUUAAUGCAUGUAGUGUUUAAUGUGAACAUGUUAAAUUCUAAAAUGUUCCAAUUAACUUAAAAAAUGGUUUUCUCUUGUUUUAUCCACCUUUUGGUUAAAACAGUAUGCUGAAACUUAAGCUCAGUGUUUUAAAUUCAAAUGUAAUAAUCAAACUUUCCACCGUUUUCAGAUAUUCUAUUCAAAUAUUCAUCUUAUCAAUGGGACAGUUUGUCAGCGACAGUCUGUGUGUAUAAUAGUCUGGUCACUCAUCCUUUGUGAUGCCCUCAUUUUAAGGUUCACGCUGGUUUAUUUUCUUUUCACUUGUUCUGUGGAAGGGAAUUUUUUUAAUAAAGCAAUCCAAAUAGUUGAAA